AUGCAAUCCUCUUCAGAGACUGGCUUGCCCGCAGGCUGGGAAGUCCGCCGUUCCAACACUAAGAACCUCCCCUACUACUUCCACCCCGAAACCAAGGACUCGAGAUGGGAGCCACCGGCAGGUACAGAUCCUGAGGCGCUCAAGAACUACAUGGCUGCACAUCACAGCACCAAGGGAAUCUCGACGAGCAACCUCUCGGGAACGGAAGGCAAGAUCAGGGCGGCACAUUUGUUGGUGAAGCACAACGGAAGCCGUCGCCCUGCUAGCUGGCGCGAGCCCAAGAUCACGCGCAGCUUGGAUGAAGCGCGGGAUCGCAUAAAAGGAUUCCAGGACCAGAUCUCCAGUGGAGCCUCUCUUUCCGAGCUCGCGACCACAGAAUCUGACUGCAGCAGCGCGCGCAAAGGAGGGGAUCUUGGGUUCUUCGGAAGGAACGACAUGCAGAAGGAGUUCGAGGAGGCUGCAUUUGGCUUGCAGCCAGGCGAAAUUAGCGGAGUCGUACAGACUGCCUCCGGGCUUCAUCUGAUUCAAAGGUUGGAUUAA